CAGAGCCGUAGAGCAGCAGCGGGGCGGUAGACGGAGAGAGAGAGAGAGAGAGUGAGUGAGUGUUUUCCUCGCGUUUGUCCGCCCUGCAGCUGCAGCGAGCCGAUCUGAAACGCCUCAGCGUCCGAACAUGGCCGACCCAGCGGCGCCCGGCGACGCGGAGAGCGCGAGCGGCGCGCGAGGCUUCGCCAGGCAGGGCGCGCUGAGGCAGAAGAACGUGCACGAGGUGAAGGAGCACAAGUUCAUCGCGCGCUUCUUCAAGCAGCCCACCUUCUGCAGCCACUGCACCGACUUCAUCUGGGGAUUCGGCAAACAAGGCUUCCAGUGCCAAGUGUGCUGUUUUGUGGUGCACAAACGCUGCCAUGAGUUUGUCACUUUCUCGUGUCCAGGAGCAGACAAGGGGCCUGCAUCAGAUGACCCCCGCAGUAAACACAAAUUUAAGGUACACACAUACUCCAGUCCCACGUUCUGCGACCACUGUGGAUCUCUGCUGUACGGACUUAUACACCAGGGGAUGAAAUGUGACAACUGCAUGAUGAAUAUUCAUAAGCGAUGUGUGACCAACGUUCCAAGCCUGUGUGGGACAGAUCACACAGAAAGGAGAGGAAGACUGCACAUCACCGCUGAUAUCAAAGACAUCACGCUAACCGUAACCAUCAAGGAGGCUCGGAAUUUGGUGCCCAUGGACCCUAAUGGCUUGUCGGACCCCUACGUGAAGCUCAAACUGAUUCCUGACCCCAAGAGCGAGAGCAAGCAGAAGACCAAAACCAUCAAGUGCUCCCUCAAUCCCACAUGGAACGAAACCUUCACUUUCAAACUGCGGGAAUCAGAUAAGGGCCGGCGUCUGUCCGUGGAGGUGUGGGAUUGGGAUCUGACCAGCAGGAACGACUUCAUGGGCUCUCUCUCUUUUGGUAUCUCUGAGCUUCAGAAAAAUGGGGUCAGUGGCUGGUAUAAGCUGUUGGGACAAGAAGAAGGAGAAUAUUUUAACGUUCCGGUUCAGCCAGAUGGCGAGGAAGGCAAUGAAGAACUACGGCAGAAGUUUGAGAGGGCCAGGAUUGGUCCAGGCAGUAAGAAUACAGACAGCUCAUCAUCCAAUGAUAUCUCCAAAUAUGAUGCCAACGGCAACCAGGAUAGAGUGAAACUUUCCGAUUUCAACUUUGUCAUGGUGCUUGGAAAAGGAAGCUUUGGCAAGGUGAUGCUGGCAGAGCGUAAGGGAACAGAUGAGCUGUAUGCAGUGAAGAUCCUGAAGAAGGACGUGGUGAUUCAGGAUGACGACGUGGAGUGCACAAUGGUGGAAAAGAGGGUUCUCGCGCUCUCGGGAAAACCUCCGUUCCUCACCCAGCUGCACUCCUGCUUUCAGACUAUGGACCGCCUGUAUUUUGUGAUGGAGUACAUUAACGGAGGGGACCUGAUGUACCAGAUACAGCAAGUGGGGAAAUUUAAGGAGCCUCAUGCUGUGUUCUAUGCUGCAGAGAUUGCUAUUGGUCUAUUUUUCCUCCAUUCGAAAGGCAUCAUUUACAGAGAUCUAAAGUUGGAUAACGUGAUGUUGGACUCGGAGGGCCAUAUUAAGAUCGCAGACUUUGGCAUGUGCAAGGAGAACAUGUUUGAUGGUGUCACCACAAAAACCUUCUGUGGAACUCCAGACUACAUUGCCCCUGAGAUCAUUGCUUAUCAGCCCUAUGGGAAGUCGGUUGACUGGUGGGCCUAUGGAGUUCUACUUUAUGAAAUGUUAGCAGGACAGCCCCCAUUUGAUGGUGAAGAUGAAGAUGAGCUUUUCCAGUCCAUCAUGGAGCACCAUGUAUCCUACCCUAAAUCCAUGUCUAAAGAGGCAGUGGCCAUAUGCAAGGGUUUGAUGACCAAGCACCCAGGGAAGCGUUUGGGCUGCGGUCCAGAGGGGGAGCGAGAUAUUAAGGAACACGCGUUCUUCCGUUACAUGGAUUGGGAGAAACUGCAGAACAAAGAGGUUCAACCACCAUUCAAACCCAAAGCAUGCGGUCGGGAUGCAGAGAACUUUGACCGUUUUUUCACCCGUCAUCCUCCAGUCCUGACCCCUCCCGACCAGGAAGUGCUUGUUAACUUGGACCAGGAAGAGUUCCAGGGUUUCUCUUACGUUAACCCAGAAUUCACAGCUCAGGAAUCCAAGUAGCCGAUAGCGGCACUUAACAUGGGGACCAAUCAGAUUGGAGAGUUUGAAAUGACUGAGGCAGAAUGAGCCAAGCACAAGAGAAAGUACAGAGUGGUACUAAAUCAGAUUUUUAUCAGUGGACCUAGUGUGUACCUUUGCAUUUGUUUCAUACCAUUCAUGUUGAUUAAUCAUUAAAAAUAAACGUUUUAAACACGCACACACAUAAAUUGGCCAUCCGGUUUUGAGUGGAAAUCAGUGGAAUGAAGAUGACAACAAAUGAGUUUAAGAUUAUAUGGCUUUUCAUUAUUCAGACUCAAACACUUUCACAACAUUAAAGUUCUAAAAUUGAGAAUUUCUCAACACCA